CGCGGGCAGCGCACGGGGCGGCGCCGUUCCCUUGUUCGCCAUACUUGCACAGGAGCGCAGAGCAACGAACGCACUUACUGCAAAGGCACCUGAAAUCACUACUGCAUUUAAUAUAAAGACAUGGCUGAGGAUGAGGUGACUCCAGAGCAGCUAGCAGCCAUUGCCGCCGAAAACGAGGAGCCAGAACCGGUGAACUACAAGCCACCAGCCCAAAAGACUGUGAAAGAGAUCCAGGAGCUGGAUAAGGAUGAUGAGAGCCUACGCAAAUAUAAGGAAGCCCUGCUUGGCUCUGGGGUUGCUCAGAUUGAUCCCACUGCUCCCAAUGUCCAGGUGACCCGGAUGUCUCUGAUCUGUGAAAGCGCCCCAAACCCCUUGGUCCUGGACCUGCAAGGAGACCUGGAAGCCUUUAAGAAGCAGGCCUUUGUUCUGAAGGAGGGAGUUGAAUACAAAAUAAAAAUCAGCUUUAAGGUGAACAGGGAAAUAGUUUCAGGUCUGAAGUACGUGCAGCAGACAUACAGGAAAGGAAUGAAGAUUGAUAAGUCAGACUACAUGGUGGGCAGCUACGGGCCUCGUCCCAAUGAAUAUGACUUCCUGACCACGAUGGAGGAGGCUCCUAAAGGCGUGCUGGCCCGCGGCAACUACGUCAUCAAAUCCAAGUUUACCGACGAUGACAAGCACGACCACCUGUCCUGGGAGUGGAACCUCAACAUCAAGAAAGACUGGAAAGACUAAAAGAGGCCUUUGCGUUCUGCGGGGUCAAGGGAGUCGACAUCCCUCAGCCCUGUGCGUUCCUCAGCCGCUCCCCUCAUCCCCACCCUGUGUCCACCAUUUCUGCCUUCUUUGUUUUUUACUUUGUUGUGCAUUUCAUGCUCUCAUGCCUUAGUUCCCGCCUCACCGUCUUAACACGCCGACGCCCUUCCCACCUCUCUAUCAGCAUCAGUAGCAGCAGCAGUAGCAGCCCCUCCCACCCCCGUCCCCGUCAGUCCGUCCAGCAUUUCCCUUCCUGCUCAACAUUUGCUUGGUUGCACACGAGUCACCGCUGUUCACCAAGCUGCCAUCCUCAAUCACUCACUGCCCCCCCACCCCACCCCCCGCCGAGCUGUGCCAUGUAGCACCUUACUUCCUCACCCCCUCACCCCCACCCCAGCCCUUUUCUUUUUCUUUUGUCCCAGUUUUUUGCUGCUUGAAGAGAUUAACCCCGCCUUCCACCUUUCCAGAAUGGUGUCUUCCUCUCUCAGUAUCAAGUACAUGUGGAAAAGCAACUGUACAAUCAACUUUUGUUUGCCUUUUUUAUAUAAUUGUAUCAAUGGUUGUGUAAUGUGACUGUAUUCACAUCACUGUUAAUCAGCUGUUGUGUUCAUAGCAGGCCCCACCACAUCCACCUGCUCCCCCCUCCUGCCCCCUCUUGCAACAUUCAGCAUUCCUUUGCUUGCCUACUUGCUUGCUGUCUUUUGAUAUAAUUACCAGUACCUGCCUUGUAAAAACAAUUCAUUCAGAGCUGCUCUUCAGCGCCUCCCUCCCUUCCCUAAAUGUAUUCACCCACUCCCCUUUAAAUGGGGGACUGGGGCCAAAGUGAACAAGGGAGAAAAAAAAGUAUAAGGGUAAAAAAAAAAAAAAGAAAAAAAAAAGCUGCCUUAUGUAUCAACUAAUGUCUAAACUAAACUUAUUCAUGUCUGUUUAGCAUGCCUUGUGUGUACGAGCAGCACUUGCUAUCAAGUAGUCUGUAUAUCAAGGGCUUACUCUCGCUACCAACUAAUCUGUAGCCCUGUUGUAGUGGAGACUGUUUAUACAGGUUACUCAGAUACAGCUUUGCACACACCCACUGCCCCCGCCCCCCAAAAUAAACCAACCUUGUAACUGGAGGGGAAUGAAUGUUGAAAAAAAAUUGGAGAAAAAGAAAAGAAACCAAACCCAGUGAAAAUCAGAUCGGCACUCUUGUUCCUUUUAGCCAUGAGGCCUUAGCACUAACUACGAUCACGUGGAGAAAAACUGACAAACAUUACUAAUUUAGUCUUUUUUUUUUAUUAUUUGUUGUUUCCCCUUUGCCUUAAUGUACAUCAUUCCCCUACAAAGCCCCCCCCCCCCUCGCUCAUUCAGAUAGCUUCAUAACUCGUAGCCCACAGUCAGGAGAUCCCAAGUGUGGAGUAGCACCAGAGAAAGCACAGGAGGAGGCUGAGCCAGGCACCGUCUGCUGCUGCCGGAGACCUCGACGGUGUCUGGUCUCAUCCACACAGACAGACACUGACGGAGGAGAGAAAGAAACUGACCAGGCCUUGGGCCUUUUUACCCAGUGACCCUCUCAGAUAGAGACCUCAGUGACAUGAAGGGUCAAGUGACACUACCACAGAAACACGUGCUCAAUAUUUUAUGAGGGAGGAGAGUUUUAAAACACAACUGACCAGUCACAUUAAAUUGAAAUCAACUUGUACUGUACCAGAACAUAUGGAUGUAAAACUUUUUUUGUUUCUUCUGAUAAUGAUGUGUAUUCCUGCUCCAUACAUUCCUUCACAUUGUACAGUUUCUAUGAAAACGCUGGCAUGCUGGUGGGGUUGUAUAUUCUAUCAUCAUUUGUGAUUGCUCUUCUCGGUCAAUAAAGAUUUUGCUCAA